UGCUCGGUUUUGAGAAAUGUGCUGUGAUUCAAAAAGGAGGUUUUUGCUCCUCUAUGCAACGCAAAAGGGGCAGGCAAAAGCCAUAGCAGAGGAAAUAUGGCAGCAAGCAGGUGCUCACGGACUCGAAGCCGAUAUGCACUGUAUAAGUGAAAUGGACAAGUAUAACCUGGAAACAGAAAAGGAUCCUGUAGUUAUCGUUAUUUCCACUACUGGUACCGGAGACCCACCAGACACUGCCCGCAAGUUUGUUAAGAAAAUUCAAGACACGACCUUGCCACCUGAUCAUUUCGCACAUCUCCAGUAUGGAUUGCUAGGUCUGGGAGAUUCAGAGUACACGUUCUUUUGUAACGGUGGAAAGACAGUAGACCGACGACUUCAAGAACUUGGCGCCCAGCACUUCUACGACACAGGAUUAGCAGAUGAUUGUGUAGGUUUGGAAUUAGUGGUUGAUCCAUGGAUUGAUGGACUUUGGCUUGCCCUCAAGGAAGCAUUUUUACUGCAGAAAGAGAAAGAAGACAUGAGCAGUGUUGUCAAAGCUGCUUCUAGCUCUCUCUCUGCAGCCCCACACGUUGUGCAUGAACUAAAGUUAAGCUCAGAAGUACAGAACUUGAAGCUAGAAGGUGCUGGAGUGAGGAGUUCCAAUGUUCUGUCACAGAAACUGGUUGACAUCAAUCUUGUGACUUCAGCUAGAGACACUGAACCUUCACUUGUUCGUUCUGUCCCACCUCUCUCUCAGUCUGCUCUUAAUAUUCCUGCCUUGCCACCAGAAUAUAUAGAGGUGCAGUUUCAGGACACCUGUGGUGAGAAUCCACAUCCGUCCUCACUGAUUUCAGAGGGAGCAACCUUUGAUGUGCCAGUUACAAAAGCAGUUCAGCUCACUAGGGAAGAUGCUGUAAAAACCGCAUUACUCUUGGAACUUGAUAUUGCAGAUACGAUCUUUGACUACCAACCUGGAGAUGCCUUCUUUGUAGUAUGUCCCAACAAUGUCAAUGAGGUGGAAGAACUUACUCAAAUCUUGGGACUUUCUGAAAAAGCAGAGUGCUUCGUUUCUGUGAAGGUUAAGCAGGAUACUAAAAAGAAAGGAGCAGCUCAUCCACAACAUAUCCCUGAAAGGAGCACUCUGAAAUACAUUCUAACCUGGUGUCUGGAAAUACGAGCAGUUCCAAAAAAGGCAUUUUUGCGAGCUCUUGUAGAAUGUACCAGUGAUGCAGGAGAAAAACGAAGACUUCAAGAGCUUUGCAGCAGACAAGGAGCCUCUGAUUAUACACGCUUUAUUAGAGAUUCUAGUGUUUGCUUGCUGGAUUUGCUUCAUGCUUUUCCAAGCUGCAAGCCUUCACUUAACCUUUUAAUUGAACAUCUUCCUAAAUUUCAAGCCAGAUCCUAUUCAGUGUCAAG